AGUGGCAGACAAAGCUUCUCUCUUCUCACAGCGGCAGAUUCAAACUCUCCACAGACAGAGAAGGAAGGAAAGAAAGAACUCGCAACUGGACUGACAAAGAGAGAAAGAUAUAACAAAAUACUUUACAAUACCUGUUACCAACUAGAUAACAACCUUAGAGUUUAUUAGAGGAUCAUCUGUAAACCCCAAGAUGAGCAUCAGAAUGUCAGCCAGCCUUGUCGUUGUGCUCCUGGCCCUCCUGACCAUUACUGAGGGGAUGAGUCUGAGAGGCAUGGGGGCUGACCUGCGAUGUCGCUGCAUUGAGACGGAAAGCAGACGAAUUGGUAGACUCAUUAAGAAGGUGGAGAUGUUCCCUCCCAGCUCGCACUGCAGAGACACUGAGAUCAUUGCCACUCUGAGCAAGAGCGGUCAGGAGAUUUGUCUGGAUGUCAGCGCUCCUUGGGUCAAGAGGGUCAUUGAGAAGAUGCUGGCCAACAACAAAUGAAGAGGGGGAAUCAUUCCAUGAAUACACUGGGAUUCUGAAGAUACAAACCAAAUAUGUAUUUAUAAGCUUAAUAGGCUGAAUUCUAUCAUGUUCUAUCCAGGUUGAAAUACAACAUUAGAUUUAGAGUGGCAUGAGACUGUUUUAAGUGAAAAGACAGUCGGUUUCUUAUAUACAACCAAGUACUAUGUACUAAACUUAUAUUUUAUUUUAAUUUAUAAAGUGUUUUUCUUUCAUUGUUAUAAUCAAAUUAUGAGAUUUACAUGCAUUCCGGUUGUAUUGGAAUGAUUUCGUAAUGAACAACGUCACAUCCUACUUGACCCUCAAUUGUAUUUAUACAAACCUCAGUAUAUUUAUUGAUAUAUUUAUUCAUAUUAAACUGUUGGAUCAUGUUGAAACUUCCAAUCUAAUUCAAUUACAAUAAAUGCGUGAAAAAAAA